UGUGCACAUACUUGUUUAAGAUCAAUUUAAAACUGCAGUAUGUAGAGGAAAAACAUAAUUUGCAAAUACGUUGUUUUUAUGUUCGGAAACAUUGAAUUAUGGUUUCAAUUUAUUUCGUUUUUUCAGUGUAAAUGAAUUGUUUGAGCUUUGCACGGUAUAAGACUAGUGCUGAUCCCAUGUGCAGACAUUGAAAAAAAUGAAGGAUAUAUUCACCAUAGCAAUCACUUUGCUAUUUAUAGGUGGCUGGGUUAGCGGACAACUGAGCGAUGAAGCGAAUGUUGAAUACAUAAACAAUGAAACUACAAUAACGACCUUCGACACUGAACAAACAUAUAGAUGGAUAAUAGAAUAUCCAAAUGGACCAUUUGUGCGAAUCGUCUUCACAAAUGUAUCAUUGGAAAAAAAUCAGGAUUGUUCCGAAAAACUACUCAUUAGCAAAACCCCUAACAACACAAGAGCGCAAACAAUUGAUCAUCGUUACAAUGGAAGAGUAUUUGUUGUUGAAACGAGUGAGACAUACUUGAUCAUGACCUUCUUGCCAUGUCCAAUGCAAAAGAAUACGAGUAGGGGAUUUCGAGCAAUAAUUACAAAACAAGACGUUCCUGCUUGUGUUGCGAAAACUUCUGUAGAGACGUGGAUGGACGAACAUCAUAUAUGUGACAGACCGACGAUGAUGCUGACUUCAAUGUCGAUAUUAAACUUCCCAUUUCCGUACACAGAAGAAACGUGGGAGAUAAUUGUUGCUCGCCACCAUACUAUUCAUUUACAUUUUAUUGAUUUCUAUAUGGAAUGUGCCUUCGGAGGAAAGGGCGACAAGUAUACAUACGUGGAUAACACGAAAGAAAGAAAAAACCCCAAGUUUGCGAUCAAAGAGUACACGUCGAGUGAAGAAAAGACGUUUUGCAUCUCAGACAUUCUAAAUGGUGGUAUAAAAUCGAAGACAGAACACAUUGUUGUAAUAUACCAAAAUUUUGAACCUCUUUCUAUAGUCAGAACGGAAGGAUUUCGGCUCCAGUAUUCAGCUGUAAACCAUUCAUUAGCUAAUAUCACAGAUAGAACGGCCAUUAGAGUGGGUGUAACUUGGCCGCAUUGGAGGAGUGGAUAUUUCAUAGCUUUUGGUUGGCGGAUGAAUGAAGAAACUUUCCCUGCAAAACAUGAUUCAAAGGUUAUUGUUGAAUAUAUCGCAUCGAAUUAAAUGUUACCCUACUUAUUGUACAAGAUUUAAUCUUAUUGAACUUAUGACCUAAACUGGAUAAACAGAAAACAAAUGACACUUUAGAAUGAAUAUUAUUCAGUGUUGUUUAAAUUGCUGUUAAACAUGUAAAAUCAAGGCAUCAUAUUUUUCCGUAAUUACUAUGUUACAUGAUCGUUAAAUCAUGAACAGCUUUUGUUUUAGAUCUGGUACUUAUGCCAUUUACAUAUUAUAUUAAUAUAUUUGUGCUGCUGUUUUAGGAAACAAAGUGUUAAAUUUCAAAACUGCAACUCCAUUUUUGUGAAUAAUAAUCCCUUAAAUUAAGCGUUUCUUCGAUUCAGUACAUUAUAAACGUCAUUUGCAAUCCAGACUGAAAUAUUAUUCCAAUCGUUGCUAAAAUCGAAAAUGCAUAAUUUCUUCUUGCGAUAUUUGUUGAAAUGUUUAAUAUACUUUUAACAAAAUUUCACAAAAUUGUGUACACUAGGAUUGUAUGCACAAGGUAUAGAAUACAGUGCCUCAUAAUGAUUAUAUUGUUAUACACAGAGCUUGUGAAAAACUGUCUGUAGUCAUUGUAAAUUGGGGGUAGUAAUACUGAUGUAGAUAUUGUCGAAAACGGAUCUGUAUGAAACUUUCCGAUUUACAAAUUUGAUCUUUAUUCUUUAUAAUAUUUCUAUGCCACACUGCAUAUUAUGUUUAUUUUCCAAUGAAUUCUUAAUGCCAGUAAAUCUAAAC